GUGCUGCGCUGGCGCAGUGUACGAGUUUUGUCAUGCUGUCUACUGUUUCAAUUAAUUGGACCUAUGGCUUGGUGCAUCAUCUUUUAUACAGUAUCCCAAGGAAUAAUAAAUCCAUUUUCAAUCUUGUAUAAUGUUUGUGGGAUGUGGUUAUUCCCUACUCGUCUAGCAAUACCUUUUGUGUGCUUUGUCAUAUUGUCACAUGUAUACAACAAGUCUUUUACAGUUAGUGCUUGGGUUCCUAUUACAAGAUGGGAAAGUUGGAGAAGAGUUCUAUCUAUCUCAUUUUUUUUGAAAAGCAGCAUGAUAAUGCUGUCAUGUGCAUUACUAACAAACUUUUAUGUGUCCCUGGCAAAUCCUGACUUGCCUAGCAUUCUCAUACCUUGUCAGCUAGAAGAUGCAAUGUGCAACAAGAGGAAAGCUUUUAUCUUGUACAUGGGAUUGAUUAAUGGAGCACAAUAUGCAUAUUUCUACCUUAUGGACAAUGGAAACUUACUGGUACCAGCUACUGUAUAUCCAAGCAGACUGCAGCGGGUGAAGUCCAAACUUUCAAUCAGCAAAGUGAAAGAAGCAUACAGCAGACAUGGACCAAGUUUGAUCUCUUUUUUAGUUCUUGGUAUUGUGCUGAAUUUGUUAAAUGGCAGUAGCAGUUGGAUGGAUGGCGUUGUCAUACUUGAUAUUCCUUUGAUGGUUACAAUGUUGAUGGCCACAAUUCUUUGGGCAAUUUCAAUAACAUUCUAUAAUGACAUAUUUUAUAUAUUUAUAACAGAGCCCAUUGAAAUACCUUUGACGUCAGUGGAAGAAAGCAAUCCAGAAACUGACACCGAUUCAUGGAGGUUGUCUCAUGCACUAAGCUCGGGUGGUCUGCUGCAACUUCUGGCUUUCAUGGAUUUAAAAAGUCUUGCAGCACUUGAACCACGCAAUUUUGUAAGGCGUUCUCAGAUUUAUGCCAUCAGCCAGCCAGGUGGCCAUCCCCGUAACUGGCUGGGUAUUAUGAACCCAUCUUUAAACCUUAUUCGUAAGUUCACUGACAGACUUAAGAGACAUAAUUGUCCAGAGGAAAUACCCAAAGUACCUGAGAAACCAGUGGACCCAGCUGUUACUGCAACUGACAUCAAUAAAAAUGCUGUUGUCAAGCCACCAACUGUUUCUUUAAAGGAAAGACUUUUGAAGAUCCUGGACAGUCUUAAGAGAUACCCAGUGUUUGCCUAUUUCCUUGCUGAAUUGCCAGAUGCAACAAAUCGAAGCAUAUUUGCUGAGGCUCUUCCCAUAAUUUGGGCAGUUCAAGCAUUUGGUGAUCUUGUUGCUUCUUCAUUCACGGAAGAUAAGUAUGGGGUGGCUCAAAGGAAUGUACCUGAUAUUUUAGCUGCAUUUUUACAGCUCCAGAAGGUUGUGGAUGGUUUAAGUAGAGGAACCAUAUCCAAGAGAGCUGGCACUAGUGACUCCUUGCCAGCUGAAUUCAAGUUGAGGAGAGCUCUCCGUUCAGCCCUACGAUCUGCAUUGUAUACAAUCACCACUACUUUUGGACCAUCCAUUUUGGAAUUGAAACUGUCAGCUGAAUAUCAAAGUAAACUGCAGUUAUACUUAGACUUCAAGGAAGGUUGAGUGUAAUAUAGUAAAUCUAUAAAUCUCUAUUUUCUCUUAAAAUCUUCAGGAUUUUAUAGGUACAGUGCAAAAGUAAAAUCUGCAAGAUUUUGUAGGUACAGUGCAAAAGUGGUGCAGACUAACAGUUUUUAAGGGUACCUAUUUUUUAAGUUUUCCUCUGACAUUAAUUUUAACAUUUUUGUUCGUGAGUGAUGGCAUUUAUUCCCAUGGUAAAUGCAGCACGAGAGGUUAUGUUCAUAUCUGGUAUUUACUUGUUGACAUUAACUAAACCAUAUCAUUUCUCUCAUGAUUUAGAAAAUUGUAGUGCUAAUGCUGACUUAUUGGUUUUUUAUACCAAAUUUGUACUAGAAUUACAAUUCAGUAAUGUACUUAAUCAUGUAGAAAAUAUUAUAUUUAUCUUUAUUUUUAUUUGACCACCCACAGUAGUUUAUUUGUUUCAUCUCAAUUUUCAUUUUUCACAUAAAUGAUGACAGCAAAUCAUUUGGAACAUAUGGUAGGAAAGAGAAUGAGCUUUUUGGGAUUUAGAUCUUUGAAUUUAAUACUUCUUUUUUAUUCUUUAAAGCCUAUUAUAAAAUCAAGAAAGGAUGUUCAGCUAAUAAGGAUAAAGAAUAAGUUUUUACUGUGAUGUAGGGGACGAAUGUAUAGAAUGUGAAAGGUUUUCAUAAAUUUAUGGUUAGAUGGAGAAGUAAUUCAAAGAUUUCUUUUGCUGUAUCUGCUUUCUGUAUCCAUGCCGCUGUAAGUGGCCAAAUGCUUUGCAUUUUGAUAUUGUUUUAGGAAAGAGCAUUUUCUUGCCUCAAGAAUUUUAUAGCUGUUCACUUCAAGUUGUUCAGUUAAGAGUUAUAGUGAAAAGUAACAAGUUUGUUUUGUAUAGCUUCUUUUAUCUAUCCAUAAUGCUUGUUUUCAGAUGUGUAUUGUGUAUACUUUCAGAAUUCCAUUGUGUUUUGCAUUAAGAAUUUUAAGCUUUUCGUGUAAGGAAGUGGUAUGAUGUUCAGUCAAUUGAUUGAAUUUACUGUGUUGAGAGGUUCAUUGCUAUUACUGUCGUUUUCAAAAGCUAUGUUGAAUUGUCAUGAUGCACAUUUUAAUUUGGUUGUGCCAUUACUCAAGUCAUGAAGUGUCAUGUUAAGAUAUGUGAUAGUAUAUAUAUAGUCAUUUCCUUGUUUUGAUUACGUGCUGUUAUUUUGUACUGAUAAUGUGCUAAAUUUGGGAAGAUCAAGACUCCGAAUGGAAUCUUUUCAUGUUUAAUUGGGAAAGUCAAAUUUAUUUGAUCUUAAAUGUUAAAUUUGUGGAUUUGAAAUUUAAAAUUGUUUUUGGUUAUGAAUGUACUAACAGUAUUUACCUGUGAAGAUGGGAAUAUUCAGUGGUUAAGUCAUUUAUUUCUUUUGCUUGUUUAAUGAUAUAAAAUAAAAAGUUAAUUCUUAAUACUCAAGGUUUAGGACACCUUUAUAAUAAUUUUGAGUUCAGCAUCAGUUUAUUUUUGUUGAGCUUGAGUUCCUAUUUCAUAGUUACAUAUUAGGUAAACAUGUUUAGUACCAAAGUAUAAUUUUAUCCAUGUUGAUACAAGAAAAAACCUUAAUAGGAUCUGUAGAUAGAUUUUUUCAAGUUAUAGUAGAAGUUUACUGUAGAAGUUAGUCACAUUUUCAUUAUGAAAAUUAGGAAGAUUGUUAAGUUUAUUUCUUUAAUGUUCCUAUCUUUGAAUACCCUGGUUUUGGAAAUUUUCAUUUCUAAAGUAGAUUUUUUUGUAAAGGAAAUAUCACUGCAAGGUAAGAGGGACCUUCAGUAUUUUGCAUGUUUUAAAUAAAACAUUCAUGUAAUCCUACAAUAACGAUGUUGCAUAAGAACUUUUAUACUUUUGUAAGCGUUUGUGUGUGAGCUUAACAAACAAUAUCUCAAGGUUUUUGUAGUCACUGGUUUUACCAGACUGAGUUAUAUGUACUUGUAAUUAAUUGCAAUUUUUUAAUAAAAGACACUGUAAA